UUACGGAUGAUCGAAGCGUUGAUCGUUGGAGAAAUGCAGGACGUGCAGAUUGGAUUCGUCAAGCAGAUCCUCAGUUUGAAUUUGGUGCCCAGGUCUAAUAACACCACCUGCGGGAACAACACCUCUCUGUGCGACUUCUCGGAGAUGUGGUAUGGCGUGUUCCUGUGGGCCGUCGUCUCCUCAUUGAUUUUCCACCUGCCUGCUGCCCUCCUGGCUUUGGCAACCCUCCGCAGGCAUAAGGUGGCACGAUUUUUUCCACUCGGUAUCCUGCUCAUGGGCAUCAUCGGCCCGCUGUUCGGAGGCGUUCUUACUAGUGCAGCCAUAGCAGGAGUCUAUAAGGCGGCAGGGAAGAGCAUGUUCUCCUUGGAGGCCUUGGUGUUUGGCGUGGGACAGUCUCUGUUUAUUUUCAUCAUAUCUUUCCUCAGAAUUCUGGCUACCCUGUAGCACUGAGAGAGAGACACUGGCACAUCAGGCUGCCGUUUCUUCACCUGGGCAUCAUAUGCAAAACAUGGAGGCCUUACUUCCUCGACAACUCCUUUUCCUUUGAUACAGAACAGUAUUUUUCUUUCCAAACGGGUUCCGGAUGGAAGACUUUUCAUUUGAAAAAUGAAUCAGUAUGAGCAACCUUUAAAGCAACGCUAGCCUUGCGUGACAGGUGGAGUCAUCUUGCACAUGUGUAUAUUUUUGGUUGUUGUUGUAUUCAUCAUUAUAGUUUCUUUUCGUUUUCCUUUCGAAAUCUUUUAUAAACUUUAAAAUGAGGUAAAAAAAAAAUGUACAUACUAAAAAGCCCAUUCAAGCUUGCCCUUAAUUAAUGCUUGACAAUAACAUCUUGCAUUCACUUUGCACUGAUUAUAUAAAUCCUUUAGGCCAAAGGCUCAAAUAGAUUUUUUUUGCCCCUGAUUGUGGGCAUAUUUGAAGAGAUUACAAUUGAACACUUGUUGUUGGACUUUGACAUUGUAAUCAUUUCACAGCAUACACUUUCUUACUGGAGUUAAGUGGCUUUUGUUGGUUAAAUAGCGUAUUUGUGACCUUUUUUUUUUUUUUUUUUUUUUUUUGCAUUCAGCGUCAUUAAGGAUUUGUUUUUCAUGUGGGCUCCAGGAUUUGGCCUUCAUAUUUUUAUUUCUGUAUAAAUUAGAGUGAUCUAUGUUGCUUUGACAAAUACUUGCCCAUACGAUUCUAUAUGUGGCAGCCUCACCUUUAUGCCUAAUAUGUGAAUGUAAAGCAGAUUUCAGCUGAAUCCAUAUUAGAAUCACUUAAAUCUUCACCAAAGAAAUGGUAACACUAGUCUACAGCUGUUAUGCGUUUCAUACUGUUAUUUUUAAUAUUCCUGUAGAGAAAGCUCAUGUUAAAAAACUACAGAAUGUACAAAACUACACCCAAACCUAUGUAUAGAAGAAUAUAACAUUGGAUACUCACACGUGUAGAUGUCCUCCCUUCAUGUUCAGCAUCAGCACUUACAGUGUAUAUGGCUGAAAGGGAUCAGAAUAUCAUUUUUAAUACACAGUAGCAGAGAUUUUAGACUUAUUUGGGGAAAUAAACCAACCGUCUCAGAUAUCAGUCAGUUUAAGCAUUUGUAGAUUUGUGUUCUCCCAUAUUGCAAGCCCUCAGGAAGUUUUCGUGGUCUGGAAGUGUCAUUUAAAGCUCGUUUGGUGUGAGUUCAUGUAAAUCAGACUGAUCUUUUAUGAGUGGAGCGCUAAUGUUAAUGGGACGCACUGAAAGCUAUGCUUUAUUUGCCUGAGCCUAUGGUCUCUCAAUUGCACAAAUGGAUUUAUUUUUCUAAAGUCCAAUCAUUGGUGGUGGAGUGACUGCUCUUUGGUUCUUUUGUGGUUUGUCUUUGAUUGUACUGUCUUUGAUUCUUGAGAAUUGGAUUUACUCUUUGCGAUAUGAUACUUUCCAUUUAUUUAUUUUUUUCUGGGCAAGUUUAAUUUUCUUACUGUAUAAUAAGUGCCAAUUGCUAGUAUUUUCAUGAAAUAAAAUGGUUUAACUUUAGAUUAUUAUAA